AUGUCUUUCAUUCUUUAUUCAAUACUAUCCGGAACCUUUGCAGCACUUGCGUCUGUGUUUGCAAAACUUUUUACAGAUACUCGUACAGUACUUAUCACUCGAUAUUUUUGUGAUUUAUUGAAUCAUUUUCAAAAUUUUCAAUUUUUGAAUUGCAAAGAAAUCGAACGAAAUGAUGAUAAUACAAGUGAAAAUAUAAUUUAUCUUAUAGGAAUUAUACGAAUCAUAUGUUUCUUGUUAAUUUCUAUGUGUAAUGCUUUAAUGUGGACUUUUUUUACAAAAGCAUUAAAUAAAUCUUCAUCUUCAAUUCGAGUCACAGUGUUAAAUAGUGCAACUAAUUUCUGUAUGACAGCAAUUAUGGGUAAUAUUAUCUUUAAUGAAACAUUGUCACUUCAAUGGUGGUUUGGUGCUAAUCUAAUUAUUUUAGGAACUUUCUUAGUGAUAUCAAAAAAAGGUUCAAACAAAGAUGAUCAAAAACUUAAAGAAAAAGUUCAAUAA